GCAUCAUCCUAACAAGAUAAGCUUGUCGGCUACAUCACAGCCCAAAGCAGCAGCCUGAACCCCCGCCUCCCCCAACGUCAAUGGUGCCAGACGACCCGUUCCACGAGCCGCCGGAUACUCGGCGCACGGCGCCUGGCACGCCGAUCCUGCGCGUGCACUCUGACGUGCGGCUGUCCGAGUUUGCGCACGUCGAUCUCGGCGACCCAACACAGGGAGACGCUGUCCCCGGCGGCGGCGGCCCGAGCCUGAGCCUCCCGGCGUCGUCGGGCACGCGCACGCCGCGCAGGGUGCAGUGGACUGCCGACCAUGUGGUCAACCUCGCGCCGGUGGCGACGCACACGUCCGAGCAGAGCGGGGUGAGCGCCGACAACCUGUCCAGCGUGAACAUUGCGCUCGAGCGCUUCGCGAGCCACCGCACCGCGCCGACCGGGCUCAGCGGGAUCAGUCUCGCGAGCAUGGGCUCGUCGAUCGGCGGCGCCGGCGAGGACGGGGAAGACUACGACUACCGCCUUGACGACGCGCCGAUGCCUCCCUCGGACGACGACGAGAGGACCGAGGAGAGGAUCCUCGACAGCGGCGUCAGCGACCAGGUCACGUCGUAUGUCCCGCCUGGAGAGACGGAUGGGCUGCCGUCCGCGCCGGAUGCCCCGGCCGAGGAGAUGCGGCAGGCGGCCGACCUGGUGCGAUCUCAUACCAACAAGUGGGGUCUGUUGCGCCGCCGUGGUACCAAGGCCGGUGGCACGAUAAGGAGAAGGGAUACACAGUCACGUAAGGCUGCCGACCACCACGAGCGUCGCAUCAGCACCGACUCGCAGACGCCGUUGCAUGGCGACGGCGCCCCUCCGCGGGUCAACCCGCCCAUCAACCCGCCGCUGAAUGGCCCACCGGGCGGCAUGCCCCCGAUUGCGGGGGGCACGUCGGUGCUAUCGUCCCUGCUGGCGCUGUACAACCAGCAACAGAUGCAGUCUGGGCACUCGACGCCUGCGAGCUCGCGGCCGCCGUCGACCGCCGGCUCGAUCGAGGACGACAGCGAGCAGCAGCAUGGCCCGGCGAAGAAGAACAGCAGCUUGCCGUGGAAGCGCCGGAGCCGGCUAUCGCAGGACUCGAGCCCCGCGUCCCCCAGCUUUGGGGAGCACAAGCGCUCCAAGUCGGAGACGAGCAUCGCGGACCGAGACUAUAACGAGCCGAGCCCUGGUCUGCUGGGGUCCUUCCAGAAGGCCGUCGGCGCGUGGAGGGACACGGACCGGCCCAAGACGGCGCGGUCUGGCGCCGGCGUCUUCGGCGCGCUCGUGCAGUCCUCGGGUGCUAUAGGCGCUGCGGCCGUCCCGUCGUCCGCGACGCUGAUGCCGGCCGCCAAGAAGCACGGGUACCAUCUGAACCGGUACACUCUGGGGGAGAAGUCCGCGUCCGAGUCACCACGAUCAGCAUCGGGGUCGUUGCCCCACCCCUCGCCGGACCCGCAGCAGCGGCCAGACAGCACGUACUCUGUCUCGACGGUGGUCGAGGGCAUGACCGAGACGCUCGAGCCCGAGUCUCUCCCGCGGAACAAGUCGUUCGACAACGUCCUCACCAUGAAGCGCAAGCCCAAGCGCCCCACCCCACUCCACCUCAAGUCAUUUGAGCGACUGCCCGGCCUCGGGAUCCGCUCGGCACGCACCACGCCAGACGAGAAGAACGGCUCGAGUUACUUCGAGGUCGAUGACGAGCGUCGGCGUGACGAGCAACGCCGGCGCGAGUGGGAGGCCGAGAAGAAGCGGCGCAAGAAGGAGAAGGAGAAGAAGAAGAAGCAGGAGAUAUUCAUCAUCCAGCACGUUGCCGCAGUGAUCGCGCGGCAGCAGUUCAUCCUCAAGCUCGCGCGCGCGCUCAUGAUGUUCGGGUCGCCAUCGCACCGGCUCGAAACCCAGAUCCAAGCGACCGCAAAGGUGCUCGAGAUCAACGCGCAGGUGGUGUACCUGCCGAACACGAUGCUCGUGUCCUUCGGCGACGACGCGACGCACACGUCGGAAACGAAAUUCUUGAAGCAGGUCACGGGGCUCGACCUCGGCAAGCUGCUGGCCACGCACAACAUCUACUGGGACGUCGUGCACGACCGCGUGUCGGUCGAGGACGCGUCGCGCGAGCUCGACACCCUCAUGACCACGCCGCCAAUCUACAACACGUGGCAGACGAUCCUGAUCGGCGGCCUGUGUUCCGUGUUCAUCUCCAUCCCGUCCUUCUACGGCUCGUUCAUCGACGCGCUCAUGUGUUUCGUCCUCGGCGCGUUUCUCGUGUCUGUGCAGAUCGUCGCCGCGCGCAACGACAUGCUCAAUAAUGUGUUCGAGAUCACGGUCGCCACGCUGAUCUCGUUCGUCGCCGCCGUGCUCGCGUCCACCCACUACUUUUGCUACACGGCCCUCGUGUCGGGCGGCGUGGUCCUCAUCCUGCCAGGGUACAUUGUCCUCACUGGCGCGCUCGAGCUCGCGUCACGCAACAUCACUGCAGGCGCAGUGAGAAUAGGCUACUCGGUCAUCUACUCGCUCUUCCUUGGCUUUGGCAUCUCGAUCGGCGCAGAGGUCUACUUCAAGAUAAGAAAAGUCGGCGUGCUCAACGCAGACGACUACACGUGUAGUAACACGCACUAUGCGGGCUCCCCGUGGUACAUGAGCAAGCCGAGUGGAUAUUGGUACUACCUCUGCGUACCUGCCUACUCCUGCCUCCUGUCCCUGAGAAACCAGCAGCCCAUCUUUGCAAAGGAGCUCCCGAUCAUGGUCCUCAUCAGUGUAGCCGGCUGGGUGACCAACCACUUUGCAUCGCUCCCGCAGGCGUUCCAAGGCCGCUCGGACAUUGUCUCGGCCCUCGGCUCGUUCGUCGUCGGCCUCCUGGGCAACAUGUACGGCCGGUUCUUCUCCAAGGGUGCAAGCUUCCACGUCAUGGUCACGGGCAUCCUCUUCCAGCUACCCUCGGGUCUCUCGCAGGGCGGCAUCUUCUCGUUUGUCGCCGACGCGUCGAAGAAUAACUCGGCAGAGCAGUACAGCACUGGCUUUGGCGUCGCCCAGCAGCUCGUAUCGGUUGCUAUUGGUCUAACUGUCGGCCUGUUCGUCGCAGCUGUCGUUACUCAUCCCUUUGGCGGCUCCAGAAGGCGCGGAGCAGGCAUCUUCUCCUUCUAACAAUCAGGCCAUUGUCACCACCACGUUCUCAGUGCCAUUAACAGACAUUUGCCCCAGAGCAUCGUACCCAUCAUGUACUGUAUCUUAUAGACAUCCUAGAGCUCUGUCCCCCAUGCACGAUGUAUUCUUGCCGGC